AAUCAUAGCCACGCAUUAAUUCAUGAAAUACAGCUGUUAAAGUUUGUCUUGUUGGGAAGACUCAACAGAUAUUGGUUGACUCAAUCUUAAUUAAAGCCAUCCUUCAUAAAAUUGCCUAUCACUGAUUGGAUCAGUUCAUGAACCCUGCACUGCACUUCAAAUUACUCAUUUUCAUUCAUCCACUCAACUCCCUUUCCUACCAUGGCACUAGAAUUGGUAGGUGGUGCUCUUCUUUCUGCUUUCCUUCAGGUUGCGUUUGAGAAGCUUGCUUCUCCUCAAGUUCUGGACUUCUUUCGUGGAAGAAAGCUAGAUCAAAAGCUGCUCAACAACUUGGAAAUCAAGCUGAACUCCAUACAGGCUCUGGCUGAUGAUGCAGAACUAAAGCAGUUCAGAGAUCCACCUGUCAGGAACUGGCUUCUUAAGGUCAAAGAUGCUUUGUUUGACGCAGAGGAUCUCUUGGAUGAAAUACAACAUGAGAUCUCCAAAUGCCAGGUCGAAGCUGAAGCUGAAGCUGAGUCUCAAACCUGCACUUGCAAGGUACCAAAUUUCUUCAAAUCUUCUCCUGUUGGUUCCUUUAACAAGGAAAUUAAAUCAAGGAUGGAACAGGUCCUUGAGGACCUUGAAAACCUUGCUAGCCAAAGUGGCUAUCUAGGUUUGCAAAAUGCAAGUGGUGUUGGAUCAGGAUUUGGUGGUGCAGUAUCACUGCAUUCAGAAUCAACAUCUUUGGUUGUUGAAAGUGUUAUUUAUGGCAGAGAUGAUGACAAAGAAAUGAUCUUUAAUUGGCUCACAUCUGACAUUGACAAUUGUAACAAACUAUCAAUACUUUCUAUUGUGGGCAUGGGUGGGUUGGGUAAGACCAAACUUGCCCAACAUGUAUUCAAUGACCCAAGGAUAGAAAAUAAAUUUGAUAUCAAAGCUUGGGUCUGUGUUUCAGAUGAAUUUGAUGUUUUCAAUGUAACAAGAACAAUUCUGGAGGCAGUCACUAAAUCAACUGAUGAUAGUAGAAACCGAGAAACGGUUCAGGGAAGGUUGAGAGAAAAAUUGACAGGAAAUAAAUUUUUUCUUGUUUUGGAUGAUGUUUGGAACAGAAAUCAAAAGGAAUGGAAAGAUUUGCAAACUCCUCUUAAUUAUGGGGCUUCAGGGAGUAAAAUUGUUGUCACUACACGUGACAAGAAAGUUGCUUCAAUAGUGGGAUCAAAUAAAACACAUUGCUUAGAGCUGUUGCAAGAUGAUCAUUGCUGGCGAUUGUUCACUAAACAUGCAUUCCGAGAUGAUAGUCAUCAACCAAAUCCAGACUUCAAGGAGAUUGGUACGAAGAUAGUAGAAAAAUGUAAAGGACUGCCUCUGGCCUUGACAACAAUUGGAAGUCUAUUACACCAAAAAUCAUCUAUUUCAGAAUGGGAAGGCAUAUUGAAAAGCGAGAUAUGGGAAUUUUCAGAAGAGGAUAGCUCUAUUGUCCCUGCUUUAGCACUAAGCUAUCACCACCUUCCUUCCCAUCUCAAGAGAUGUUUUGCUUAUUGCGCCUUAUUCCCCAAAGAUUACAGGUUUGACAAGGAGGGUUUAAUUCAGCUGUGGAUGGCGGAAAACUUUUUACAAUGUCAUCAACAGAGUAGGAGUCCAGAAAAAGUGGGUGAACAAUACUUCAACGAUCUUUUGUCAAGGUCCUUCUUUCAACAAUCAAGCACCGUAGAGAGAACACCUUUUGUCAUGCAUGACCUUCUCAAUGAUUUGGCAAAAUAUGUUUGUGGGGACAUCUGCUUCAGGUUGGAAAAUGAUCAAGCAACAAAUAUACCGAAGACAACCCGUCAUUUUUCAGUUGCAAGCGAUCACGUUACAUGCUUUGAUGGGUUUCGAACUUUAUACAAUGCUGAAAGGUUACGCACAUUUAUGUCAUUAAGUGAGGAAAUGAGUUUUCGUAACUACAAUCGUUGGUAUUGCAAGAUGUCAACACGUGAAUUAUUUUCCAAGUUUAAGUUCUUACGUGUCUUAUCUCUGUCUGGUUAUUCUAACCUAACAAAGGUGCCUAACUCUGUGGGUAAUCUUAAAUAUCUCAGUUCGUUAGACUUAUCCAAUACUGAAAUAGUAAAACUACCUGAAUCAACAUGUUCACUCUACAACUUGCAAAUACUGAAGCUGAAUUAUUGUGAAGAUUUGAAGGAGCUGCCCUCAAAUUUGCAUAAACUCACUAAUUUGCAUCGCCUUGAAUUAAUAGAUACUGGAGUGAGAAAGGUACCAGCACAUUUGGGAAAACUGAAGUAUCUUCAAGUAUUAAUGAGUUCGUUUAAUGUUGGCAAAAGUAGGGAGUUCAGUAUCCAGCUGCUAGGAGAACUCAAUCUUCAUGGAAGUCUAUCAAUAAGGCAACUGCAGAAUGUUGAGAAUCCAUCAGAUGCAUUAGCGGUGGAUUUAAAAAAUAAAACACACCUUGUCGAGCUAGAGUUAGAAUGGGAUUCAGACUGGAACCCUGAUGAUUCAACAAAAGAAAGGGAUGUAAUCGAGAAUCUACAGCCUUCCAAACACUUGAAGAAGUUGACGAUGAGGAACUACAGGGGUAAACAAUUUCCUAGUUGGUUAUUGGAUAAUUCAUCAUGUAAUGUGGUGUCCUUAAGCUUGAAUAACUGUAAAGGUUGCCUAUGUUUGCCUCCCCUUGGACGUUUGCCAUCUCUGAAGGAGCUUUCAAUUGAAGGGCUUGAUGGGAUUGUGAGUAUUAAUGCUGAUUUUUUCGGGAGUAGCUCUUGUUCAUUUACAUCCUUGGAAUCUUUGGAGUUCUCCGAUAUGAAGGAAUGGGAAGAAUGGGAAUGUAAAGGUGUGACAGGUGCUUUUCCACGUCUUCAACGUCUUUCUAUAAUGCGUUGUCCCAAGCUGAAAGGGCACUUGCCAGAGCAACUAUGUCAUUUAAAUUAUCUAAAGAUUUCUGGGUGCGAACAACUUGUACCUUCUGCUCUCAGUGCCCCUGAUAUUCAUAAAUUAGACCUGGGAGACUGUGGAAAGCUGCAAAUUGAUCAUCCGACAACUUUGAAAGAGCUUACCAUUGAAGGUCACAACGUGGAGGCAGCCUUACUCGAACAGAUUGGGCGCAAUUACUCUUGUUCAAAUAACAAUAUUCCCAUGCACAGUUCCUAUGAUUUCCUUGUAACCUUGCACAUCAAUGGUGGCUGUGACUCUCUAACGACCAUUCCGCUAGAUAUCUUCCCAAUACUCAAGAAGCUUGAUCUCAGGAAGUGUCGUAAUCUACAGAGGAUUUCACAGGGGCAGGCUCAUAAUCAUCUCCAGGAUCUGUAUGUCGGAGAGUGCCCCCAAUUAGAAUCAUUGCCUGAAGGAAUGCAUGUCCUCCUUCCAUCUCUUGAUUAUCUGUGGAUAAAGGAUUGUCCAAAAGUUGAAAUGUUUCCCGAAGGAGGUUUGCCAUCAAAUUUAAAAAGUAUGGCUCUCUAUGGUGGUAGUUACAAACUUAUCUACUUAUUGAAAAGUGCCUUGGGAGGCAAUCACUCUCUAGAAACCUUAUAUAUUGGAGAAGUGGAUGUUGAGCGUCUUCCUGAGGAAGGUGUACUGCCACACUCUCUCAAGAUAUUGCUUCUUAAAGACUGCCCCAGGCUCCAAUGCUUACCAGAGGAGGGUCUGCCCAAAUCCAUUUCAGCUUUGUGGAUUUGGGGGGACUGUCCGUUGCUCAAACAACGUUGCCGGGAACCCGAAGGCGAAGACUGGCCAAAGAUUGCUCACUUUUGCCCGUUGCUCAAUCAACGUUGCCGGGAACCCGGAGGCGAAGACUGGCCAAAGAUUGCUGACAUUGAAAACGUGUAUAUAAUAUAAGGUAGUGAGGUUGAUUAUAAAGAAUAAUGGUGAAAGAUGUAGAUGCUUCUCUAUUGCCUGCAAUUUACUAAUUAAUUGUUUUCUAAACUUAUUUUUGCUUUCUGCUUGCUAGACGCCGCCGCUCUCGAUAAAAUAAUUGUUUAAAGUGUAA